AUGCAAAGAAACCAAUUUUGUAGUGUCUAUCUAAUCAGGUCUGGUGACUGGCAGUGUUUUGACAUCUGGCGUCAUAUACAUUCGCUGAUGCCAAUGCGAGAUGCUGCCCGAGCUGUGUGUGUCUCUCAUGCUUUUCUACGAUCCUGGAGAUGCCAUCCCAACCUCACUUUCUGUGGUACAACAUUGGGUAUGAAUAAAAAGGCUUGUGCAAAUGAUGAAACUGCCAGAGAUUUUUCUAGCAAAGUUGACCACAUCCUGAAAAAACACUCGGGCAUUGGUGUCAAGAAACUUGUGAUUAACAUGUGUGGAUAUUAUGCUGCCAACGAUUCUUGUUAUCUCAACAGUUUGCUUCUGACUGCUGUUACACCAGGAAUUGAAGAACUUUUACUUAUACUGCCAAUGAGGGCAACAUACAAUUUCCCAUGCUCACUUUUGUCUAAUGGGAGUGGUGACUCAAUUUGGUAUCUCAAACUUGGCGGUUGCUCCUUGCGACCCAAAGCUGAACUUCCUUGGUUAAAAAGCUUGACAAAAGUGCAGCUUAAUGCUGUCUCUUUUACUGGGGAUGAGUUAGGGUGCCUUCUAUGCAAUUCUUUUGCUUUGGAGCGGUUGGUAAUCAGGUAUUGUGGUGAGAUAGUUUGCUUGAAGAUCCCUUGUAUGCUGCGGCAGCUCAGGCACCUAGAGGUUAUUUGCUGUGGCAGUCUGCAAGUGAUAGACAACAAAGCUCCAAAUAUAUCCAGCUUCUUCUACGCCGGAGAUCGGGAUCAUAUUCAACUGUCACUUGGAGAAGCAUUGAAAGUGGAGUACAUACGCUUGAUCUUCUCGGGUGCACUUCAUUAUGCUUGUGUUGCACUUCCAUCCAUCAUGCCAAACCUUAAAAUUGCUAGUAUACUUUCGACAAGUGAGAUGGUCAAUACGCCAAUGCUGCACAGCAAGUUUCUCCACCUCAAGAAGCUAAGUAUUGCUCUUACCGCACGGACCUUUACUCCGGCCUGUGAUUAUUUUUCUCUAGUUUCCUUUCUUGAUGCUUGCCCCUCCUUGGAGACACUGGUCUUGGAUGUAGGCCAGGAGGAAAUGGAGCAUGUCUCUGUAUUCACAGAUCCCUCAGAUCUGAGGAAGAUGCAAGGACACCAGCAUCACAAGAUGAAGAGAGUGAAGAUCCUAGGAUUCACGUCUGCAAAGAGUCUUGUUGAGCUUACUUGCCAUUUUCUUGAGAGCAUAGCGUCAUUGAACACCUUACGCUGGAGGCCUAUCAGAGCUGUGCUAGGUGUUUUGUGCCUGCUCACAAUAGUCGCACGUGCUCCCCACUGCCCGUUGAUGUUCUCAGGGAAGCUCAACGAGGACUCUUGGCUAUCAGGACAUACAUUGAGCCUAAAGUUCCUUCCAUGGUAA